ACUAUCAAUAAAAAUUGAUUAUCUUUAUUUAUUUCACAAAACUAUUUAAUUAAAAAUAGAUACACAGAUGGGUGUGCUGUGCUUUUGAAUGUAUCUCUCUCAGAGUAACACCUGGGUUGGCAGUUUCUUGCUUUUGCUUUACUAGUCAAGAGGCUAAAAACAAAGAGAGGUGAAUCAGGAGGACAUGAGUGGACUGUCAGAUAGAAGGAGAAUUUUGUAACAGAAUCUCUAUUUUAGUUGGAAAGGAGAAGAGAAGAGGAGAUAAAGAUAAAGAGCCAUGAAUAAGAGUCAGAUAGGUUCUAUCACUAGUUCUGAUCUUAUUGAUGCAAAGCUUGAAGAGCAUCAGAUGUGUGGAUCAAAGCAGUGUCCUGGUUGUGGACAGAAACUCGAACGAAAACCGGACUGGUUGGGUCUUCCAGCAGGAGUGAAAUUUGAUCCAACAGACCAAGAACUGAUAGAACACCUUGAUGCUAAAGUUGAAGGCAAAGAUUCUAAAUCCCACCCAUUGAUUGAUGAGUUCAUCCCAACCAUUGAUGGAGAAGAUGGAAUUUGUUAUACCCAUCCAGAAAAGCUUCCAGGAGUUACAAGAGAUGGAUUGAGUCGACAUUUCUUCCACAGACCCUCCAAGGCCUACACAACAGGAACAAGAAAAAGAAGAAAAAUACAGACUGAUUGUGAUCUGCAAGGCGGCGAGACUCGGUGGCAUAAGACCGGUAAGACGAGGCCGGUGAUGGUGAACGGGAAACAGAAGGGGUGUAAGAAGAUUCUAGUCCUCUAUACCAACUUUGGGAAACAUAGGAAACCUGAGAAAACCAAUUGGGUCAUGCACCAAUACCACUUGGGUCAGCUUGAAGAAGAGAAAGAAGGAGAGCUUGUGGUAUCAAAGAUAUUCUAUCAAACACAACCUAGACAAUGUAAUUGGUUGGACCGGGGUGCAACCACCGGCGAAGGGAGCGGCGGCGAGCCUAAUAGAAGCAGUGGGAGCUGUUCUUCUAAAGAAAUUAGUGCACAGAGAGAUGAACUGUCUGGUUCCGGGACUGCAAUAUCAAGCUACACUGCUAUGGAUAUUCACCAAAUGAAAUCUGAUCACCAUUUUAGCUUUGCUCCCCUCAGAAAAAGUUUCGAUGAGCAGGUAGGGAUGGGAGAAGCUUUAAAGGCAAGAGAAGAAUCCACAUCUCAGAGGUGCGACGAGCACGAAGAAGCCGAUCACCUGAGGUCACAUGAUCAUGUGGCCCAUGAACAACAGCAGCAACAACAUCAUCAUCAUCAUCAUCCUGAUCAUCUUCAUCACCACCACCAUCAUCAUCAUCAUCAUCAAUUGGCGACGGCGGCCUACCACAUCAGCAGGCCUACACAUCCAAUCUCCACAAUCAUUACUUCUCCUCCUCUCCAUCACACCUCUAUGGUUCUUGAUGAAGACCCUUACCAUGUUUCAAGAAUAAUUCUCCAAACUGAAAAAUUUCAGCAGCAGCAGCAGCAGCAGCAACAUCAUCAAAAACUGGGAGGAAGGUCUCCUUCUGGUUUGGAGGAACUGUUGAUAGGUUGCACUUCAGCUGACAUAAAAGAGGAGUCAUCCAUCCCAAACCCUCAAGAGGCAGAAUGGCUAAAGUAUUCCUUCUGGCCUGACCCCUGACAACCCAGAUCAACAUGGGUAGGAGGAGCAAGAAAUAAUCAAGAAAAAACCUAAUAGAUUGAUCUUCAUCAUCAGUGCUCCAAUCCCUACCUAACAGUCAUUUCUUUUCAAGAGAAGAAGCCAAGAACACUUCCAGGGUUUACUCUCUUCCUUUCUUUUCAAGGGGUUUGGAUAAGUUUCAGAUGGUUGAUUCAUACUAAGUUACUAAUUAACUGUACAAUAACCCAUGUUGGAAAGAAGUAAAGACAAGAAGAAAAGGGAACCUCCUCAGAGAAAGAGACAAAAAAAAAAAAGGGCAAAAAAGGAAGGCUGGUCUUGCUGAAAAUAGAAGGAGAACCCAAUUCCCAAAGAAAACAAAUCAUGCAUGAAAAUCGUCACCAUCAUGAUUACAAGAAGAUCUUUAACACCAUUCUUAUUAUUAUUAUUGUUAUUAUUUUUUUAAUCUUUUAUAUA